CCGCGUUCUGCGGCCCCCAACACAGGCAGGAACUCACCGGAUACAACUUCCACAACAGUCUGGGAGCUGUAGGAUUCAAAAUCAGCGUGUUUAGCGAAAACCCGCUACUCUGCGCUCAUAAACAUGGAUAUCCUAAAAGCCGAGAUCGCGAGGAAGAGGAAGCUGAUGGAGGAGAAACAGCUGGUUGAUAGCUCAAAGAAGUACUUUAAGCGUGCUGAUCUAGCCCGAAAGGAGGAAGAAGAAUACUACAAAAGAUGUGGCUACAAGGUUGCUCAUGAACAGCCUGUGACUCAGGUGGACAAGAAGGAGGAGGCCGCCCCAUCUACUUCAUCCAAUCCUGUGUUGGAGUUGGAGCUCACAGAGGAGAAGUUACCAAUGACCCUGUCUCGACAGGAGGUGAUUCGGCGUCUGAGGGAGCGCGGGGAGCCCAUCCGUCUGUUUGGAGAGUCUGAUUAUGAUGCAUUUCAGAGACUCCGAAAGAUUGAGAUUCUUGCACCAGAAGUGAACAAGGGCUUGAGGAACGAUCUGAAGGCUGCCAUGGAUAAAAUCGAUCAGCAGUACCUAAAUGAGAUUGUUGGAGGACAGGAGCCUGGAGAUCCUGACACACAGCAUGAUCUGAAAGUGCAUGAAGAAAAUACCACCAUCGAGGAGUUGGAGGCUCUGGGGGCGUCUCUGGGCACUGGAGAUGAUGUAGGAGACAUGGACGUCAUAAACAAAGUGCUGCGGUUCUUGCUGGGUGUGUGGGCUAAAGACCUGAAUGGAAGAGAAGACCAUGUGAAGCGCAGUGUACAGGGAAAGCUGGCCAGUGCCACACAGAAACAGACCGAAUCUUACCUCGAGCCUCUCUUCAGAAAACUACGCAAGAAGACCUUGUCUGCAGACAUUAAGGAAUCCAUCACAGACAUCAUCAAGUUCAUGCUGGAGAGAGAAUAUGUGAAGGCAAAUGAUGCAUACCUGCAGAUGGCGAUAGGAAACGCCCCAUGGCCCAUCGGUGUGACCAUGGUGGGUAUUCACGCUCGUACAGGUCGUGAGAAGAUCUUCUCCAAACACGUUGCUCACGUUCUUAACGACGAAACCCAGAGAAAGUACAUCCAGGGUCUGAAGAGGUUAAUGACUAUCUGUCAAAAGCAUUUCCCCACAGAUCCUUCAAAAUGUGUGGAAUACAACGCCCUCUAACUGUCAACCCAACACACAAACACAUACACUUCUGCACUAAUGCCAAGUUCUUCUUUCUUUUGUAAAUAAAUAAUCUGAUGUAAAUAUCAUUUUGUCACUUGAAUAAAUGUUUUUAAAUGAAA